UUCACCAUUCCGAGAUUAAUAAGUGCUGUCCAAGGUGGUGAGGGUGCUCCUGAUAUUUUGGCGACCGCCGGAAAUGCUGCCAUCAAUAUUGGAGCACUAUGUAGGCAUCAUUGUUCUUGUGGCACUGUUUAUUUGGGACAACAGAAAAGAAGAGGAGCAGCUUGCUCAAAUAUCCCGGGAUGAAACUCUUUCAAGAUUGCCUUUGCGGCUUUCAACCAACAGGAUCAUUGAACUCGUGCAGCUCAGAGACACAGCUAGACCAGUUAUUUUGGCAGGAAGUAAGGAGACUGUGUCUAGAGCUAUUCAGAGAGCUGAGAGAUUUCGAACUGAACUUGUUAACCGCGGUGUUCUUUUGGUACCCGUUAUUUGGGGUGAUUAUAAGAAGGCUCCUAUUGAGAAAAAAGGUUUCGGGUUUCCUUCAAAAACUGCUACAUCACUGCCUUCAAUCGGGGAAGACUUCGAUAAGAGAACUCAAUCUAUAACUGCAAAAUCACGGUUGAAAGCUGAGGUGCGCUUCAAAGCUGAGGUUGUAUCUCUUGAAGAAUGGGAAAGUUGGAUACGUGAUCAGCAAAAGUCUGAAGGUGUUAAUCCUGGCGAGGAUGUAUACAUAAUAUUGCGGUUAGAUGGUCGUGUUCGAAGAUCAGGGAAGGGAAUGCCUGAUUGGCAACAAAUUGUGAAGGAGUUACCACCAUUGGAAGCUAUACUCAGCAAACUAGAAAGAUGAGCUCAUCGCAGUUUGUUUAUAAAUGUGUAAUUUGUGAGUAUGCCAAUACUUUUUUUAUUUAAUUUGCUAAAUAUUGGAAAUCAUAUAACUUGUAUGUUCGUAACUCUGCCAAUAUCUCUUAAAUUUUUUCUCCUAUUCUUCCCC